UUACUCCCUCUCUCGACCAGCUCCUGUUCCAGCCCAGCUACUCACCUUUGGUGACAUAUCCCACUCUGCCACUUCCUCUCUUUCUCCUACCGUGAGCCCUACCGACCAACACCAAAAUGGAGGCCGUCAAGAAGAAGAUGCUGAUGCUCAAGCUGGAUAAGGAAAACGCUCUGGACCAGGCCGAGCAGGCGGAGACCGAUAAGAAAGCCGCCGAGGACAGGAGCAAACAGCAUGAGGAUGAGCUGAUUCAAAUGCAAAAGAAACUUAAGGGAACUGAGGACGAGUUGGAUAAAUAUUCAGAGGCUCUGAAGGACGCCCAAGAGAAACUGGAGAUAGCUGAGAAGAAAGCUGCAGAUCGAGCACACCUGUUGUCAUAA